CCAAAGCCAAGCAGCAGCAGCAGGCGAACGAUAUAGCUAGCUCGCUCGCUCGCUCCCGACUUUGUAGCCAACUUUUGCCAGUGCUAUAUACGGUGUGCCUUCGAGACGACGGACGACGGUGUGUGCGUCUCUUCUCUAUCUCUCUCCGCGUUUAAAGAGCGAAUACAUAGAGAAAAUUAUAUCAAUCGCGUGUAUAAUCGCGGAAAGGAGACAUCGGAUCGCGUGAGUCUUCUCGGUCGUCGAGCGGGGGAGAAGACAACAACGACGACGACGAGUAAAAAAAAAUAUUGUGCGCGUGAAGGCGGACGAGGAUUUUUAAAAGAAGUGAAUGGUCGAAAAAAUAGAGGAGCCGCCGAAGGCCACUCGAUAAAGGAAAGAGAUUCGUGGUGUUGACCAGCCCGAGUUGUGCAUGUAAAAUAGUCGUCGACUGCGAAUGCCACUGUAGCAGGAGCAGGGCACCAACGCACCAACACACACACAUAUAUGUAGACAAGCUGAUUGCAGCUGACAGCUCCGCAUAUAGUCUGCUGUGUGUGUGCGCGCGUGUAUAUACACAGGAGCGCAGCAGAGUUUUAGAGAGCAGAAGACGCAGAUAGAGAGAAGGCAAAGGAGCAGAAUAUAUAAUAUUCAAAAAAGUUUGACGUUGUGUAGUCGUCGUCGUUGCCGUAGCUGCUUUUCCAGGGAUCUUUUAAAGAACCCGUAUCACAUCGAAGUUAUUGUGCCUCGAUCGACAAACGCCACCCCAAACGCACAAGGUUCAUCGCGCUCUGCAGCCAUCAUACAGCUCAUCACACAGAUAUCGCUUCUUUUUCUCUCUCACACUCGAUCUUCUUCCUCUCUAAACUUGCCUGUCUCUCAUCACUUUACACACUUAAACACACUUGCACCGCACGACGUGAUAAUCAGUAGUCCGAUGCAAGUCUGCCGCACGUUGCCAAAGGCUUCAGAACGUUAAGUCGCCUGAGACGCAAGCUCGUCCGAGCCAAUACAACCGCCGCUUCAGCCGGAGUAGCAGUAAGCGAGCUCGAGGACCAUCGUGAGAAUAACAAGGAGGAAAAAGAAGCGGAAGAGGAGCAGCAGCGAGCGACCACUUGGUCGAAUCGUCGGAGUUGGCGUCGCUCCGAGUACCGGAGAAGAGGCAGGGCGGCCACGAUGCCGGCGGCCAGCGGUAUCGGCGCCUCGUACAGGUCGCUCGGUGACCUGGGCGAGGACGUCUACAAGAGCACGACCGUAGCUGAUAAUAAUGGCGGCGGUGGUGGCAUUGGCACCACCACCACGGCGAGCGUGCUCGAGUCCGUGAAGAAGGCCUUCAGCUUCGCCGCGCCGGCAGUGAUGAAGGUCGACUUCGCCCAGGGCAGGAAGAAAGAGCCGCUGAUCGAGGAGCAGCAGCGACGCGAGACGAUCUCGAUCGUGUCCAGAGAUAAAGCCAAGAUGCCGACCGCCGCCAGUGCUGAGGAAUCGGCCCUUCUGGGCGCCAUGCCGUCGGACAGUAUGGACGACAUCGAGCUGAAGAACAUCCAGCUGCAGUUCCCGGCCCUGAGGUACCUGUCGAGGGACGACGGCUCGGUGCACGAGGAGCGAGUGGAGACCGACAAGGGCUCAGUCGUGGUCGCCGUCCAGGGCAAUCGUGCGAAACCUGCCAUUAUCACGUAUCAUGAUCUAGGCCUUAACUAUAUCUCGAGCUUCCAGGCGUUUUUCAAUUACAUCGAUAUGCGAGUCCUGCUGGAGAACUUCUGCGUCUAUCACGUGAACGCACCCGGCCAAGAGGAGGGAGCGCCGUCGUUCUCCGACGACUACGUGUACCCGACGAUGGACGAGUUGGCCGAGCAGCUGCUCUUCGUGAUGGGCCACUUCAGGCUGCGCAACGCCAUCGGCUUCGGGGUCGGCGUCGGCGCCAACGUCCUGGCGCGCUUCGCCCUGGCCCACCCGGACAAGGUCAACGCCCUGUGCCUCAUCAAUUGCGUCUCGACGCAGGCCGGCUGGAUCGAGUGGGGCUACCAGAAACUCAACUGUCGCCAUCUGCGCUCGCAGGGCAUGACCCAGGGCGUCCUCGAUUAUCUCAUGUGGCAUCAUUUCGGCAGGGACACCGACGAGCGCAAUCACGACCUCGUGCAGGUCUACAAGAACUACUUCGAGCGGCGCGUCAAUCCGACGAAUCUGGCCCUGUUCAUCGACAGCUACGUGCGCCGCACCGAUCUCAACAUCGUGCGCGAGCUCGACCCCACCCGCAAGAAGGACAACACGACCCUGAGCGUGCCGGUGAUGAACAUCACGGGCUCGCUGAGUCCCCACGUCGAGGACACGGUGACGCUCAACGGACGCCUCGAUCCCACCAACAGUUCGUGGAUGAAGAUAUCCGAUUGCGGAAUGGUGCUGGAGGAGCAGCCCGGCAAAGUGAGCGAGGCCUUCCGAUUGUUCCUGCAGGGUGAAGGAUAUGUGCCGAACUGCUCGGGAAGACUCAGUACGGCGUCUACAACACCCGAAGCCGCACCACUAUCCCCGCUAAAAAUGGCCGAUUACAGACUAGCGUCGCUCGAAGGGCUGAAUCAUAUCUGCAGUAAGAAAAUAGACUGGCCCACCGCAACCAUGCGCAUCAUUGAGAAUCCCUUGCCAGAAACAGCCGUUUGUUAAGGCCAGUUAUGAGAAGUCACGACACACACCCACGUGCAUCAUCAAUGAGCAGCGAAAAAAAUUCCCAUUUCUAUCGAGAAAAAGAAGAAGAUCGAGAAGAAAAUCCGAACGGAAAAUGUUUUCAUCCUCCAUCGCAUGUACUUUUGCGUCUAUAUUGCUCUUGGCAUUUGUGUAUAUUUUAACAAACUAGAUCUGAGAUAUGAAACAAAACCAAAAAAAAAAGGAAUAAAAAAAUCUGUCGCGUUGAUUGCUUGAAGCGCGACUGCGUCUGAUUGUGUGUGCUUGUGUGUGAGUGCGAAAAGUGCGUAUGCCGCAGAUAAAAAAUGCAAAUACAGACGAUAGAAAACCUUCAAGAUUUUCAUUUCGCCCUUUCGAACUUAUGCUGUUAAAUAAAAGCAUUGAAUGUACUUCGCUCACACAAAAAAAAAUAUUAAUAAAUAAAAACAAAAGGGUUGUCGAAAUUUCCUAAAAAUUUCAUUUUAUAAUCAACUCUAAGAUGGAUUACGAUUAGAUUUUAAGGGCUUUUUUCACUGAAAAAUACAAAAUCAUAUCUAAAACUAAUGGAAAAAAACUGUAUUUUUUGCAUUCCAAUUUUUCUUCGAGAGAUCUGUAUUACCUUGAAGAGAUCUGAUGCUUUUGUCGAACACUUCUAUAGUUCACUAUACAUCACGUGUGUGUGUGUGCAUAGUUUUGUAAUUAUCUUGAAAACGAGAAAAACAACCUCAGCCUCUACUUUUUGAGUUCUUCGUGAAUCAAUCGCAACAACGAGUGAGGAGAAUAAAAAAAAGUCGCUUUUGCGACACACAAGAGAGAAACUAGAGUGCGUGUUUGUGUGUGCGUUAGGCGUGUAUAGGUAGCGAAUUAAUUCACACCGUGAUUCAUCGCGUUCCAUGGGUUUAUUGCUGGCCGCGCGUGAAAAUUGAAAAAAAAAGCCCGAGAGCAUGCGUAUAGAAAAUCGGAUUAUUAUUUUCGACAGAGUCAUGUUCCCGAUAUCGCAUCCAGUCGCUAAUUGAACGGUGAACUGCGACGUUCGUCGUUGUUUUGCGACACACACACACACAUACAAGUAGAUUGUAUACACUAUAAAUGCGGCAAAUGAAUUGAAA